AUGGGGCGUAACCUGCUUUCGUUGUUUAUAUUGGCUUCAAUUUUCACAGUAGCCUGUGUUAAGGCUCAAUAUAAUGUCGUCGGGAUGACGGGGGUCACUGCCAUGCACUCAAUGCUGCUAACUCCAACGACAAUAAUCAUCAUUGACAAAGCUGAGAACAACCCUGCCGCGGUAUUACCUGACGGCACAACAACAUGGGCCGCUGAAUAUAAUCUCGCAACAAACAAAUUCCGACCGCUCAAGUUAUCCACAAACACUUUCUGCUCAGCCGGAGCAAUAUUUGGUAAUGGUACAUUCCUCUCGACCGCCGGUGGUGAACCAAGCAAGGUUGUCACUGCGGGCGAUGGUUACCGUGGUAUUCGUUACUUUCAGCCAUGUCAAGAUGGCACCUGUCAGAUCAUCGAAGUCCCUAGCUUGCUAAGCAGUGCUCGAUGGUAUAAUUCCAUGGUUACUAUGCCAAGUGGUGAUAUUCUCAAUUUCGGUGGUGCUGUCCAGUCAACCGGAGCCAACUCUGCAAACAAGAAUAACCCGACUUUCGAGAUACAUAGUCCCAAUUCAGCUAAUAAAGCAUUCCAAGUACAGUUCUUGGUCGACACCCUUCCCUAUAAUCUUUAUCCGUUUAUCCACGUGAUUCCAGACGGCGUAUGGCAAGGCUACUAUUUCGUUUUUGCAAAUAAAGCCUCAGUCAUAUAUGACAUUACAAACAACGCACCAGUUAAAGCACUCCCUGACGCACCCGGUGGUAUUCGCUCAUAUCCGUGCACUGCCGCAGCGACCCUGCUUCCGCUUGACUAUCAAAAUAAUUACAAUCCCUACUUCCUUGUAUGUGGAGGACAAAGUGUUUUUAACCAGUUCACUAAUCCUGCUGAAAAUACAUGUGUUAAAACAGACCUUGGUUCUACUGACCCAACAUGGGAAGCUGACGAUUUCGGUGGCAUACCUAGAGUCAUGCCUGACGUCGUUCACCUUCCUAACGGUCAUGUGUUGUUCAUGAAUGGAGGACAAGUUGGACAAGCUGGAUAUAUCGAAGGAGGGAAAACCUUAUCUGAUAACCCUGCAUUAACACCAGUUCUUUAUGAUAUGUCUAUGCCGUUGAAACAGCGAUGGACUCAGCUUACUCCAUCCACUAUUCCAAGAAUGUAUCACUCGGUUGCCACCUUAAUUCCUGAUGGCACUGUCUGGAUAGCUGGAAGUAACCCCAAUAGCAAUUACAAUCCAGGUGGCCCAUAUCCGACUGAGUUCCGUGCCGAAAUAUUCUCUCCACCAUAUUUAUCGGGUAACGCUCGUCCAGAGAUAACUGCGUUCAAGAGUCAAACGACACUCAAUACAUCUCCCAUACAAGUGACAUACAAUGAGGCCGUUCCUAUAACCUAUACGCUUACCGGAACUCCUGGUACAAUUACAGCCACCAUAAUGCACACUGGUUUUCACACUCAUUCUCAAGCAAUGUCGAUGAGAAGCGUUCGUCUCCAACUAACCGAUACUGCGUCAUCAGGGCAAAAUACUUAUACUGCUAAAGUAUAUAUGCCUCCGAAUAGUUACGUCUUACCACCCGGCCUACAUUACAUAUUCAUCCUGAACAAUGGUACCCCGUGUGCAAAGGCUGUAUGGGUUCUGAUCAACUAG